AUGAGCCGGCUCCGAGCAUUUUCUUCUCCGGAUUUAGUUCCUUCUGAUUCUGGAUCUGUUACCUCCCCAACAAGAACCACAGAGCACCAAUCUCAUGAAACUUCUGGUUUAGAAGGCAUCUCUACGAAUGUUAAGCUACUCCUGAAACUCGUUCAAGAUCACAACGAAGCGAACUCAAAGCAACGAGAUGAAUGGAAAGCACAGAGAGUCACCACAAUGAUGGCGAUACUCGACGAUUUAAAGACACGGAUCUUGAAAGCUCAAUCAUCAUCAUCAUCAGGGAAAAAGGAGCUUAGAAGAUGCAAUACAGAACUGAAACCGAGGCAAGAUCCCAACAAGAGUCCCACAAAGCCGCCUUUAAACGAUCUUGACGAUGUUCAGAAGCUGAGAAAAGACCUAACCGCGAGCAUGGCUGCAAGAAAGAGUCUUCAGAUGAUGUGUUCAAGUUUAGGCAAGGAGAAAGAGAUAAUGGCUAUCGAGCUUUCGAGGAAAGCUUAUGAAUUGACCGAAAUGGAGGAGCUUAUAAGUGAUCUCAAGGCUCAAAAUGAGAAAUUACUUAAGAAAGUUCAGAACUGCGCGGUAGAGCACAAGAAAGAAGAUGGUGAUGGAGGAGGAGGAGGAGACAAAGACAUGCCUCUUCAGGGAAGAAACAAAGAGUUGUCUGAACAGCUUCUCAAGUCUAUUGACGGAUACAGAUCUCUUAAAAGGAGAUACAAAGAAGUUCAAGAGGAAAAUGGAUCGAUGAGACAAGUUCUUAAAGAUUCUGCAGAAGAAGUGAAUGCUGGGGCUCAGAGGCUAAUGGAAUUGCAUGAGAAUGUCACAAGAAAAGAUGAAGUGGAUCUUGAGAAGGAGAUUUCAGAACUAGAGAAGUUGUUUCAAGAUAUUGGUCUAAAGAUUUCCAACCAUUCCCAAAUAAAGUAA